ACGACAACAGGAUGGCAACCGUAAACAAGGGAUCUCUAUAAGUUUGUGUAAAUAACUAAAAUAUGAAGUGUAUUUAGCAAACAUUGAGUUCAGUUACAUUUGUAUUAGUUUCUUUAUACGUGUGAUAUAGAGAAUUGAACGAGCCGUUUAUAAUAUAGUCUGGUUGUACAUGGUGUGUACUGAUUAUUCUUAAGUCAAAAAAAUGAAAGGCACUACUAAGGGCACUAAAGCUAAACCUGCAGGAUCGACUACAGAAGAGGAGUGUGGAAUAUGGCUUGACACAACUCAGUUAAAAGAAAAGAAGCUACAGAAAAAGACUCCAAUUUCCAAAUUACUAAAUCCAUUGGCAAAAACAGGAGGAUAUAAUGUGGCUGUAUCUUUUAGCUUCACUCAAACUAAACUUAACAUGCCUAUCACUAGACAGAGCACAAUAUCGUCUUUCUUUUCACCCAAACUUAGAGACUCCGAGCCAAGUGCCUCUCAUGAUGAGAUGUACAACUCCAUGCACACAGAGGCGUUAUGUGGGAUUAAACGAAAACAUGAAGCGACACUGGAGCCAUCUGGAACGUCAGACAUUUCAACAAGUCAAUCGUUUCAGGUCGACCAGACGAACUGUGAUCUAGAUCAUGAAAAUGUGUCAGUGAAGGAAAUAAAAGAGCAGUCAUUCCUCCACCUGAUGUGUGGUCACUCGUCAGAUGAAGAAGAGCCACCUGAAAAGCGAAGAGUUUUUGCCAGUCAUGAAGACCACAAUGUGUUAGAGACACAGGAAUACUGGAAUAAAGAAGUAUCUGCCACGAGUAGAAAUCCACAUAUUCAGACAAUUCCUGAAACUGAAACUCUCUUUUAUGGAGAGUCCCAUCUCAUCCGAAAGCCCUCGGAGGAAGACUGUGAAAAUGUUCUUCAGUCUCCACGUCCGAAAGACCUUCAAGAAAAACAUGUUUUGGGAGAUCAGAAUAUCACUAUUCAGAGGUCUAUCUUAACCUCUAGGCCUGUCAAUGCAAACCACAAAAAAGCAAAAGCUAAUAUGGAUCAGGAACAAUCUCUGUAUAAACCUAAGGCUUCACCUGUGAAACUAAUCGGAAAAGAAAAUAGGCAGCCUGCAUCACCUAUUCACAACUCUCACCCAUCCCCUUUUAAGCGAAAUCGAAUAUUAAGUCCAGCAAAGCCCAGGUUAAAGGAGAAAUACAGUAAUUCAGACACAGAGAUGGCAGGAGAUAGCCUCGAUAUGUUAUUCACUCAAGACUCGGAGGGUUUCUGUGUGAUCGCUCAUCGUGACCAACACCAAAAGAGCCCACUGAAAGACCACGGGAUUAGAUCUAACAACACAGAUUACUGGAAUAAUCCAUCCGCGAGGUCUUUAGAUAAGGAGGAAGAGGAAUCAGAUCUUGAAGCAGAGAUGCUUUUUACCCAGGACUCAGAAGGGAACGUGGUUAUCAAGCACUAACUGUAAACUGAUAAUUUUACAUCACGAAAAAUGUGGCAUUAUGAUCCUGUGAAAUUGUUAUAAGUUGUUCUUUGGAAAACUGUGAUGUUUACAUUUUUUAAAAGCUCUUUUUUAUGUAUAAUUUAGAUUAGUUAGAUUUUAGGUAUGAAAAUCUACUUAGAAACAAACAUUAGAGUUUUUUUUAAAGUUGUAAUUGAUACAUUUACCUCAAUAAUUACUUAAAUGCAGAAAUAAACAUCUGUGAAAGUCCAAGUAAGCCUAAAUAGUGCAGCGAUUUACACAUCACAAUUCCUAUUUCUCUGUGUCCUGUUGGCCACCAGAUGGCACAAUUAACUAGAUUUGCAUGUAAUGUAAGUGUGUACAGGA